GCAGCAGUAGUUAGUUUCAUUCAUUUAUUUCGUAAUCGUUCUAAAAGUUGAGGAAACCAAACUUUGUACAACAUGAGCAUAUCAGAUACUGUGCAAAAGCUCCACACAGCAUUCGCUAGUGGAAAGACCAGAAAUGUUGAAUUCAGGGAGAAACAGCUCAAGAACUUGCUGCGUAUGUACGAGGAAAACCAUGACCAAAUGGCUCGAGUGCUGGCACAAGACUUGCGUAAACACAAACAAGAGGCCUAUCUGAUGGAAAUUGACUACAUGAUCAACGACGUGCGCAGCAUCAUAUCGAACUUGCGCGAAUGGGCUAAGCCAGAGAAACCAAAGAAGACCUUCGUAAACAUGAUGGAUGGUGUAAUGAUUUAUAAUGAUCCAUACGGGGUAGUACUGGUCAUUGGAGCUUGGAAUUAUCCACUGCAAGUUACGUUGGUUCCGGUGGCAGCAGCAAUGGCCGCAGGAAACUGUGUAUUGAUCAAGCCCAGCGAAGUGGCACCAGCCACCUCGAAGUUCAUCGCUGAGACCAUUCCAAAGUAUUUGGAUCAGGAAUGCUAUCGAGUAGUUGAAGGUGGAGUGAAGGAAACUUCCGAGCUGUUAAAACAGAAGUUUGAUCAUGUCUUUUACACCGGAUCUGGUCGGGUGGGAAAGAUCGUUCAUCAAGCUUGCUCAGAGAACCUGACACCUUGCACGCUUGAACUGGGAGGAAAGAGUCCUUGCUACAUUGACAGCUCGGCGGACAUUCCCAUCGCCACCAAACGAAUCAUGUGGGGUAAAUUUGUGAAUGCUGGGCAAACUUGUAUUGCACCCGACUAUGUCCUUUGUACCAAAAAAGUCCAGAAGCAAUUCCUCCAGGAGGCACGAUCUGUGCUGAAGGAAUGGUAUGGCGAGAAUCCUAGGCAAAGUCCGGAUCUGAGUCGAAUCAUCAACGAGCAACAUUUCCAACGCCUAAGCAGCAUGCUGAAGGGUACAAACACAGCAAUUGGAGGAGAUACGAAUGCGGACGAGAAGUAUAUUUCCCCUACGAUUGUUGUGGAUGUCAAAAACAAUGAUCCAGUAAUGCAGGACGAAAUAUUUGGACCCAUUCUUCCCAUAAUUAAUGUAGAAAAUGCACAUGAAGCCAUUGAGUUGAUUAAUUCUCGGGACAAGCCACUGGCAAUGUACAUAUUCAGCAAGAACGAGACCGACAGGGAUCUAAUUAUAUCAAAUACUUCAUGUGGUGGAAUUUGCGUCAACGAUACCAUGGGACACUUUGCAGUUGAGUCCCUACCAUUUGGAGGUGUCGGUCCAAGCGGAAUGGGAGCGUAUCACGGAAAGUAUGGAUUCGAUACAUUUACGCACAAGAAGUCCUGCCUGGUGAAGAACUUCAGCCCUGUGGGUGAGAAGCUGGCUUCCUCACGUUAUCCCCCAUACUCGGACAGCAAACUGUCGUUCCUGACAACGCUGUUGAAGAAGCGGCAAGGAUUUUCGUUGAAGUUUCUCCCAUAUGCCCUGAUGUUUGGGCUUGGUGUGGCCUCGACCAUGAUUGUGAAGACUAUCGUUGAGAGGGAAAACUAAUAUCCAACUAAACCAAUUAUCUGGUUACAAUUAACCCUAUUCAUGUGCAAGGAAUACACAACAAAUCG